AGAGGGGCUACCAUUAUUUCUGAAGGUCUCUUCUCAACAAUUGCAUGAAAUUUUCGUCAAAAAUCUAGCUAGCAUUGGUCAAUGUCCAUGUCUAAAACAGCAACUGGAGACUGUGUUGAUAUUAGCUCUACCACUUGCUCUAUCUCAGCUCAAAUAUCAUUCAGAUCCUG